GCUCAAAACACCAUCGAGCAGUUAUUAGAAACUACAAGCUUCCGGACUCCCCCACUCUCAGAAUGGAACGCUCCAUAGUCAUUGAAAGCUACCUGGUUUGUUUGCAGCUUGUGCACCAGCGAUGGAGGAUAUAAGAGUAUUUCCUUUGUCAUGUGUGGUACAAAACUACGCCUGGGGAAAAGUUGGAAUGGACAGUGAAGUAGCCAAACUGGUUACUGGAGACGAUCCUCAGGCGUUUAUUAAACAUGAUCAACCAUAUGCUGAGCUCUGGAUGGGUACGCACCCUAAAGGGGAUGCCUGCAUCAAAGACAACAGGAUACCACAGAGGACUCUUGGUCAGUGGAUUGCAGAAAAUCCAGCAUGCUUAGGGUCAAAGGUCAAAAACACCUUUCAUGGACAACUGCCGUUUCUUUUUAAAGUCCUGUCUGUGAAAACAGCAUUAUCAAUUCAGGCCCACCCUAACAAAGAGUUGGCUGUCCAGCUACAUGACCAGUUUCCUGAGCACUAUCCUGACAACAACCAUAAGCCUGAGAUGGCCAUAGCACUAACACGGUUUGAGGGUCUAUGUGGCUUUAGGCCACUGGAGGAAAUCUCAACUUUUCUGAAAGCUGUUCCAGAGUUUCAUACUCUAAUAGGAGAUGAAGCUUCAGAGGAAUUACAGAACAGUGCUGAAGACCCGCGCCGCGCUGCAAAGGCUUUGAAGAUGUGCUUCACCAGAAUGAUGACUUGUGAAAAGAACGUUUUUGUGGAUCAGCUCAACAUGCUGGUAAAAAGAAUCACAGAUGAUGAAGAAACCGGUAAAGAUACAUCAGGAAGUCACGGGAAGCUUUUGCUGCGACUAAAUUCUCAGUUCCCAGGAGAUAUAGGAUGCUUCUCCAUCUACUUUCUCAACCAUAUGAUUCUGGAGCCGGGUCAAGCCAUGUUCCUGGGGGCCAGUGAGCCACAUGCUUACUUGAGUGGAGACUGCAUUGAGUGCAUGGCCUGUUCAGAUAAUACAGUGCGUGCUGGAUUAACCCCCAAAUACAUUGAUGUCAACACACUGUGUGAGAUGCUCAACUACACCCCUGGUCCACCUGACUCUAAGAUUUUCCCCUGUAAGCAAUGCUGCUCAGAUCCCUUUGUCCACCUCUAUGAUCCGGCUGUUCCAGACUUCUCCGUUAUGAGGAUUGAGAUCCCAAGUGCUGUAAAGGAAUACACCAUUAACCCAGUGGACAGUGCUGGCAUCCUGCUGGUGAUCAGUGGUGAGGCAACUGCUGCUGUUCCCUCUUCCUUCUCUGAUUUGAUCUUGAGAAAAGGUUCUGUCCUUUUCAUCUCGGCCAAUGAGGGUGUCUCUCUGCGUGUGAGUUCGACAUGUGGGAUGACAAUGUACCGUGCAUGCUGUUUAUUAUAGCAACCUUGAACCUUCAGUACUUUUCUAAUAUAAAUGUUUAUGUUUUAGACUUAGGGCAUAUGGGUCACCAUGAUUAAUGUUCUGAGCUGAUAAUUUAAUUAUAUAUAAUUGAUGUCUGUGAAAAGUAUACAUUUCUUAAUUAUUGUGAAUCUUUAGCCACUUUCCUGAACAGAUUUCUUAGCCCUGCCUUGUUACUGUGUGUGAUUGAAUCUGACAUAUAAUAUCUGUGCAUGUCUACAUAAAUUGAGCAGAUUUUUAAGCAUUGUGUAUAUGAAUGAUCCAGAAUGCACUUCUUUUCUGUGAAUCAACACAAGCAAUGUAUUUAUAUUUGAUAUGUGAAAUUGAAGGGAUGUAAAACAUUUUUGCACUUUUUUUUCUUUGUUGGUUAUGAGGCACAGGUUACGGUAUUGCUUGUGGAAUUUAGCAAACACUUUUGUCCAAAGUGACUUAAAAAUUGACGGUAAAGAAUUUUAAAAAGUUGGUAAUAUGAUGGAACAUAAAACAGUACACCCCAUUCAUAGUAUGCCAGGGUUAUUCCAUAUUAGUAGUCAUUCAGUGAUCCGUGAAAUCUGUGACCAUUGAUUAGUGCAUUAAUAUUCAUCACAGUGGUGUCCAUCAUGAUCAAUGUUCUAUCCCAUUAGAAGACUUCCGUUACUAGCCCUACUUGUAAUACCUCCUGUUGAUAGAGGGCUUCCUAAGCUAAAUGGACAAGGUUUUUGAGUAGGGUUUGCCUGACAGUUAAAACAUCACUGAUGUGUGUGAGUAUGUCACAGAGAUGAAAUGUAUGUUUUAGAUGUGUUCUUUUAAGCAGACUUAUUUGCUAUUGUGCUGUGAUUCUACUUUAUGGAUAAGGCCGAUUAGGCUACUAGAUAUUCAAGGUCAAGGAUAAUAACAGCCAUGCUGAUAAACUUUAUUGUACAAGUUCAAAAAAGUAUGGUGGGUAAGAUGUGUAGUAGUUAAACUAAAAUUAUAUAUUAGGCUAAUUAUCAUUAAUAAUUAUAGUGUGAACUGAAGUAAUUAUUUAUGCCAGGGAAAAUAGGAGUCAAUGUUGAAAUCAGUUGUAGAGUAUAAAAGCAACACAUUACAUUAUUUAUUUCUAAUGGGAUUUUUUAAAUUUCUUUCUAUCUUUUUGGGGUAUGUAGUUUACUCAUACACUGCUUUCAUUGGUUUCUAUAUGAGGGAUGGAGUGUUUUUCCAAUUGUGCUCUUGAGGGACAUAAAGGAUUAUUUGGGGUUCAUAUAACUGUUUCUUGGAAAUGAUAGAAUGGUUUUGUAUGUUUGAACAUAAACUGUAGCAUGUUCCUUUGGAAUAAUUGUGCUUUAUCCCAAAUACACUGUUUAUCCCACGGAAA